AUGCAUUUCGCAUACCCACCAAGAAAGAGCUCCAAUCCGCCGCCCUUCCGGGCCAGAUCCUCGAGGAUACCGCCAUUCCUUCGGAGAAGUCGGACAAAAGUCAUCGCCGCCGGUGCUCUUACACUCUUGGGCUUCAUUUACUUGCUGUCUGGGGCCUUCAAGUCAAGUAGCAGCCGUCCUCACACGCCCUCGGGCAACCCGCCCGUGGUGAUAGUCACCGCGCUAGACGAAUCGGCACACGACAAGAACUAUCUGGCAAGCAUUCGCGAUAAUAGGCAACAAUACGCGCAACUGCACGGCUACGAGGUGAUGUUCACCAAGGUGGGCGACUACGACCUCAAAGGCUCCCCAGCAUCAUGGAACAAAGUAGUGUCUUUGAGACACGCGAUCACGAAAUACCCCGAUGCGACGUGGUUCUGGUAUCUCGACCAGGACUCAUACAUCAUGGCCACCCAGUCAUUGGAUAGCUUGGUUCUCAAAUCGGACAAGAUCGAGGGCUUGAUGAUCAAAGACCACCCGGUCGUGCCGCCAGACAGCAUCAUCAAGACUUUCCCCCACUUGAAGGGCGAAGACAUCGACUUCAUUCUGACGCAAGACCGAGAGGGUCUGUCCGCGGGAAGCUUCUUCGUCAGAAACGGAGAGUGGGCUAAGUUCUUUAUUGACACGUGGUUCGAUCCACUGUACCGCAGCUACAAUUUCCAAAAAGCUGAGGGACACGCUUUGGAACACAUUGUCCAAUGGCACCCCACUAUUCUCUCGAGACUGGCAAUCGUCCCGCAGAAGACAUUCAACUCCUACAACAGAUACGACAAGGGCGAGAUGUUCACUGAAGGCGACCACGUUGUUCGCGCGGCUGGCUGCACCAAGUCUGGAGACCGAGCUUGCGAGAAGGAAUUAGAAAGCUACAACACCAAGUGGCACGCGGCGUUCAAGGCAUAA